GGUCACACUGAACAAGGGUUUUGAUUUUUAAGAACAAUGUCAGGAGGAAACUUCACGGUCUAGCCAUACGAUUUGGUUCUUCUGUCUGACUUGAGCUUGCGUCUGUCCUCACAUCACAGCUUUGCAGGAUGGCACGACCAAACAUCCUCCUGUCGAAGGGUAAAGCAACCAGCUCAACUGAUCAUAAACUAACGUUUCAAGUCUAUUUUUGCAAUGUUUCUUCUUUAACUAACUUGCUGGAACUAAUGCCUUGCUUGUGCACUGGAUUCUAUUUUUGUUAUAAUUCCAAGGAGCAAUACUGGAGUGCUUCCUCUUUAUUACCAAUGUAUCUGUCAUUCAUGACACUAUGAAAAGUCAGCAGACAGAGUCCUAGACUGCCCGUGAAUCUGGCCAGUACUUCAAAAUGAUGGAUUCUAUGGAGAAGGGGAUGGGGAACUCUCCUACCUCGUAGAAACACAUUGUGUUUUAAUCGCCUUCCUUUGAUUCUGAUGGAAAAUUUUCCUUUGAGAAAAUUAAGAAAGCCAGGUCUCAUAGAGGACCUGGUUUCUGUUCUAGAGGUACAACCCAGGACCCAUAAUGUUAGAGCCGGGUCCUAUUUUUCAGCUUUAUUAGAUGCCGAGUAGAUAGCUUUUCCUUUACUCAUUGCUGGCCUCAUUGAUUCUAUAUAAUUACCUGACAAUUUGAAUGAUCUCAUUACACUUCCAAACUGGCUUCUUCUGGCAGUCUAAUUUGUUCAUGAAGUGUUGAGCUUAGGAGGACCUGCCAGCACUCAGGGAAUUUCUUCCCAACUUAAAACUGUUGGUGCUGUGAUGUGAAUUUGUUCUAUGAUGGUUGUGAUAUGUCUUGGGGCUUGCCACCAAACACACCUGGUGUUCUAUUUACUGUGGCAAGCUGGGGAUUUUUUUUUUCUUUUUCUUUUUAAAAUUCCAGGAUGAAUUAUUCAUCAUUACUUAGAAUUUGGGUCUCUUUCAUCUUCGCGCUUGUGCAGCAUCAAGCUCAGCCCAGGGAGCUCAUGUAUCCAUUCUGGCAGAAUGACACCAAAACCCCUAAAGUAGACGACGGAAGCUCAUCUGAGAUUAAGUUGGCCAUCCCAGUUUUCUUCUUUGGCGUUCCUUACCGCACUGUCUACGUUAAUAACAAUGGAGUCGUCUCCUUCAAUGUGCUCGUAAGCCAGUUCACGCCGGAGUCUUUUCCUCUGACAGAUGGGAGGGCCUUCAUUGCCCCAUUUUGGGCCGAUGUGCACAAUGGAAUUCGAGGCGAGAUCUAUUACAGAGAGACCAUGGACCCUGUCAUCUUGAAAAGAGCCACCAAGGACAUCAGGAAGUACUUCAAAGACAUGGCAACCUUCUCUGCCACUUGGGUUUUCAUUGUGACGUGGGAGGAAGUGACGUUUUAUGGAGGCAGCAGCACCACACCUGUGAACACCUUCCAGGCUGUCCUGGUGUCUGAUGGCUCCUACACAUUCACGCUCUUCAAUUAUUACGAAAUCAACUGGACCACAGGCACAGCGAGUGGUGGGGACCCCCUGACGGGCCUGGGUGGAGUGAUGGCGCAGGCAGGAUUUAAUGGUGGAAACCUCACCAAUUUCUUCAGCCUCCCCGGGUCAAGAACCCCUGAGAUUGUGAACAUCCAAGAGACCACAAACGUCAAUGUUCCAGGCCGCUGGGCAUUUAAAGUGGACGGGAAGGAGAUUGACCCAGCCAAUGGCUGCACCUCCAGGGGACAGUUCCUUCGGCGAGGGGAGGUGUUUUGGGAUGACCUGAACUGCACCAUCAAGUGCCGCUGCCUGGAUUUCAACAAUGAGAUCUACUGCCAGGAGGCCUCCUGCAGCCCCUACGAGGUGUGUGAGCCCAAAGGCAAAUUCUUCUACUGCAGCCCCGUGGAGACCAGCACGUGCGUGGUGUUUGGGGAGCCGCACUACCACACCUUCGAUGGCUUCCUCUUCCACUUCCAAGGAUCCUGCGCCUACCUGUUGGCCCGACAGUGUUUGCAGACUUCCAGCCUCCCCUUCUUCAGCGUGGAGGCCAAGAACGAGCACCGAGGGGGCUCAGCUGUCUCCUGGGUGAAGGAGCUCUCGGUGGAGGUCAAUGGCUACAAGAUUCUCAUCCCCAAAGGGAGCUACGGAAAAGUCCAGGUUAAUGACCUGGUGACUUCUUUGCCCGUCACCUUAGAGUUGGGGGCGGUGAAAAUCUACCAGAGUGGCAUGUCUACUGCCGUGGAAACAGAUUUUGGGCUCUUAGUGACUUUUGAUGGCCAGCACUACGCCUCCAUUUCCAUCCCAGGCUCCUAUUUAAACUCCACCUGUGGGCUCUGUGGGAACUACAAUAAAAACCCGCUGGAUGACUUCCUCCGUCCGGAUGGCAGGCCGGCCAUGUCCGUCCUGGAUCUGGGAGAGAGCUGGAGAGUCUACCACGCGGACUGGAAGUGUGACUCCGGCUGUGUGGACAACUGCACUCUGUGUGAUGCCACCACGGAAGCCCUCUACUUUGGCUCUGACUACUGCGGCUUCCUCAACAAGACGGAUGGCCCCCUGUGGGAGUGCAGCACUGUCGUGGACCCCACGGCUUUUGUCCACAGCUGUGUGUACGACCUGUGCAGCGUGAGGGACAAUGGCACACUCCUCUGUCAAGCCAUCCAGGCCUACGCCCUCGUGUGCCAAGGCCUGGGCAUUCCAAUUGGAGACUGGCGAAUCCAGACUGGGUGUGUGUCCACCGUGCAGUGCCCGAGCUUCAGCCACUAUUCAGUGUGCACCAGCAGCUGCCCGGACACGUGCUCAGACCUGACGGCCUCGCAGAACUGCGCCACGCCCUGCACAGAGGGCUGCGAGUGCAAUGAUGGCUUCGUGCUCAGCACCAGCCAGUGCGUCCCGCUGCACAAGUGCGGCUGCGACUUCGACGGCCACUACUACACCAUGGGGGAGUUCUUCUGGGCCACGGCCAACUGCACGGUGCAGUGCCUAUGCGAGGAGGGCGGGGACGUGUACUGCUUCAACAAGACGUGCCGCAGCGGGGAGGUGUGCGCGGUGGAGGACGGCUACCAGGGCUGCUUCCCCAAGCGCGAGACUGUGUGUCUGCUCAGCCAGAACCAGGUGCUGCACACCUUCGACGGCGCCGCCUACGCCUUCCCGUCCGAGUUCUCCUACACCCUCCUCAAGACCUGCCCCGAGCGCCCGGAGUACUUAGAAAUCGACAUCAACAAGAAGAAGCCCGACGCUGGGCCGGAGUGGCUGCGCGGAGUCCGCAUCCUGGUGGCUGAGCAGGAGGUCAAGGUCGGAGGAGUCGGGGCGGCGGAGGUCAAGCUGAAUGGUCAGGAAGUGGAGUUGCCUUUUUUCCAUCCUUCGGGGAAGCUGGAAAUUUAUCGAAACAAGAAUAGCACGACGGUGGAGUCCAAGGGCGUGGUGGCGGUGCAGUACUCAGAUGCCGGUCUGCUGUACAUCCGGCUGUCCACCGCUUACUUCAAUUGCACCGGGGGCUUGUGCGGCUUCUUUAAUGCCAACGCCAGUGACGAGUUCUGCCUCCCCAAUGGCAAGUGCACGGACAACCUGGCGGUGUUCCUGGAAAGCUGGACCACUUUCGAGGAGAUCUGUAAUGGGGAGUGCGGGGACCUGCUGAAGGCCUGCAACAACGACUCGGAGCUGCUCAAGUUCUACCGGAGCCGCUCCAGGUGCGGCAUCAUCAACGACCCCUCCAACAGCUCCUUCCUGGAGUGCCACGGAGUGGUCAACGUCACCGCCUACUACCGUACCUGCCUUUUCCGCCUGUGCCAGAGUGGUGGCAACGAGUCAGAGCUCUGCGACGCCGUGGCCCGGUAUGCCAGUGCUUGCAAGAAUGCCGACGUGGAGGUGGGGCCCUGGCGGACCUAUGAAUUCUGCCCUCUGGAAUGCCCCGAGAACAGCCAUUUUGAGGAGUGUGUGACCUGCACAGAGACCUGUGAGACCUUGGCCCUGGGCCCCAUCUGUGUGGAUACCUGCUCUGAGGGGUGUCAGUGUGACGAGGGCUAUGCCCUGCUGGGCAGCCAGUGCGUCACCCGGAGCGAGUGUGGCUGCAACUUCGAGGGGCAUCAACUUGCCACCAAUGAGACCUUCUGGGUGGACCUGGACUGCCAGAUCUUCUGCUAUUGCAAUGGCACGGACAACAGCGUCCACUGUGAGACCAUUCCCUGCAAGGAUGAUGAGUUCUGCAUGGAGGAGAGUGGCCUGUACUACUGCCAGCCCCGCACCGAUGCCUCCUGCAUCGUCUCAGGCUACGGCCACUACCUCACCUUUGACGGCUUCCCCUUUGACUUCCAGACCAGCUGCUCCCUCACCCUGUGCACCACGGGAAGCAGGCCGAGCUCAGACUCUUUCCCCAAGUUCAUUAUCACAGCCAAGAAUGAGGACCGGGACCCAUCCCUGGCCUUGUGGGUCAAGCAGGUGGACGUGACUGUAUUUGGCUACAGCAUCGUGAUUCACCGGGCCUACAAGCACACUGUGUUGAUCAAUGAUGAGCGGCUCUAUCUGCCCCUGAAGCUGGGACAAGGCAAGAUAAACAUCUUCUCCUUUGGCUUCCACGUGGUGGUGGAAACUGACUUUGGCCUGAAGGUCGUGUACGACUGGAAGACCUUCCUGUCCAUCACGGUCCCCCGCAGCAUGCAGAACAGCACCUAUGGCCUGUGUGGCCGCUACAAUGGCGACCCCGACGACGACCUGGAGAUGCCCAUGGGCCUGCUGGCGUCGAGUGUCAAUGAGUUUGGGCAGAGCUGGGUGAAGAGGGACACCUUCUGCCAGGUGGGCUGUGGGGACCGCUGUCCCUCCUGUGCCAAGGUAGAAGGUUUCUCCAAGGUGCAGCAGCUGUGUGGCCUGAUCCCCAACCAGAACGCCGGCUUCUCCAAGUGCCACAGCAAGGUCAACCCCGCCUUCUUCUACAAGAACUGCCUGUUUGACUCCUGCAUCGAUGGGGGCGCGGUGCAGACCGCCUGCAACUGGCUGCAGAACUACGCCAGCACCUGCCAGACUCAGGGGAUCAUGGUGACCGGCUGGAGGAAUUACACGUCCUGCUCCGUCACCUGCCCUCCCAACAGCCACUACGAGAGCUGCGUGAGCGUGUGCCAGCCGCGCUGCGCCGCCAUCCGUCUCAAGAGCGACUGCAACCACUACUGCGUGGAGGGCUGCCAGUGCGACCCGGGCUACGUCCUCAACGGCAGGAGCUGCAUCCUGCCGCACAGCUGUGGCUGCUACGCCGACGGCAAAUACUACGAGCCCAAGCAGCUGUUCUGGAACAGCGACUGCACGCGGCGCUGCCGCUGUUUCCGGCGCAACCUGAUCCAGUGCGACCCGCGCCAGUGCAAGUCGGACGAGGAGUGCGCGCUGCGCAACGGGGUGCGCGGCUGCUUCAGCACCAAGACGUCCUACUGCCUGGCGGCCGGCGGCGGCGUCUUCCGCACCUUCGACGGUGCCUUCCUGCGCUUCCCCGCCAACUGCGCCUUCGUGCUGUCCACCAUCUGCCAGAAGCUGCCCGACAUCUCCUUCCAGCUCAUCAUCAACUUCGACAAGUGGUCGUCGCCCAACCUCACCAUCAUCUCGCCCGUCUACUUCUACAUCAACGAGGAGCAGAUUCUCAUCAACGACCGGAACACCGUCAAGGUGAAUGGCACACAAGUGAAUGUUCCAUUUAUAACUGGUUUGGCAACCAAGAUCUACAGCAGCGAAGGGUUUCUGGUGAUUGACACCAGCCCUGACAUCCAGAUACACUACAAUGGUUUCAACGUCAUUAAAAUCAGCAUCAGUGAGAGGCUACAAAACAAAGUUUGUGGCCUGUGUGGAAACUUCAACGGGGACCUGACAGAUGAUUAUGUGACUUUGCGGGGGAAGCCGGUAGUGAGCAGUGUGGUGCUGGCCCAGAGCUGGAAAACCAACGGCAUGCAGAAGAGCUGCAAUGAGCUGCAGUUCUCCCAGUACACAGCCAUGUGUGACAACGUUCACAUCCAGAAGAUGCAGGGGGAGGGCUACUGCCUGAAGCUCACCGACAUGAAGGGCUUCUUCCAGCCCUGUUAUGGGCUUCUUGAUCCCCUCCCCUUCUACGAAUCCUGCUACCUGGAUGGCUGCUACAACCAGAAGAAGUUCCAGCUGUGUGGCUCCCUGGCCGCUUACGGGGAGGCCUGCCGCUCCUUCGGGAUCCUGAGCACCGAGUGGAUUGAGAAGGAGAAUUGCUCAGGAGUGGUUGAAGAUCCCUGUGUGGGGGCGGACUGUCCCAACAGAACCUGUGAGCUGGGCAACGGCGGGGAGCUGUGUGGCUGCAUCGAGCCACCCCCCUACGGAAACAACUCACAUGACAUUAUUGAUGCAGAGGUGACCUGCAAGGCGGCCCAGAUGGAAGUGUCCAUAUCUAAGUGCAAACUCUUCCAGCUCGGCUUUGAGAGGGAGGGCGUGCGGAUCAACGACAGACAGUGCACAGGCAUCGAGGGGGAAGACUUCAUCUCCUUUCAGAUCAACAACACCAAAGGGAAUUGUGGAAACAUCGUGCAGUCCAACGGCACUCACAUCAUGUACAAAAACACAAUCUGGAUCGAAAGUGCCAACAACACCGGCAACAUCAUCACCAGGGACCGCACGAUCAAUGUGGAGUUCUCAUGUGCUUACGAGCUGGAUAUCAAGAUCUCCUUGGAUUCUGUUGUGAAGCCCAUGCUAAGUGUCAUUAACCUGACAGUUCCAACCCAAGAAGGCAGCUUCACCACCAAGAUGGCACUCUACAAAAAUGCCUCCUACAAACAUCCUUACCGCCAGGGGGAAGUCGUGUUGACGACUCGAGAUGUGCUAUACGUAGGGGUCUUUGUGGUUGGAGCUGACUCCACACAUUUGAUCUUAACGCUCAACAAAUGCUAUGCCACCCCCUCCCGCGACAGCAAUGAUAAGCUCCGUUACUUCAUCAUUGAAGAAGGGUUGGGGUCUGCAGGCGAUGUCUCCGACAAUUGGUGCCCAGGGGUGGAGCUAAGAGGAAACAUUGAUCUCAUAGGUGCUCAGGAGGAUCACAUGCAGACAGGCCAGCCUCGUUCAUCUCUUGGGGCUAAGAUGGAUCUUGUACUCAGUGUUGCUGAUUAUUAUUUUUUUACGCCAUACAUAUAUCCAGCCACGUGGCCAGAGGAUGACAUCUUCCGACAAACUAUCAGUCUCCUGAUUGUAACAAAUAUUGGUGCUUAUAUCCUUUAUUUCGUCUGUGCAACACUGAGCUAUUAUUUUGUCUAUGAUCAUUCAUUAAUGAAACAUCCACAAUUUUUAAAGAAUCAAGUCUCUCGAGAGAUUAAGUAUACUAUCCAGGCCUUGCCGUGGAUGAGUAUUCCUACUGUGGCCCUGUUCUUGCUGGAGUUGAGAGGUUACAGCAAGUUGUAUGAUGACGUAGGAGAGUUUCCAAGUGGCUGGUUCCAGCUCGUGGUCAGCGUGGUGUCUUUCCUCUUUUUCACUGACAUGCUGAUCUACUGGAUUCACAGAGGCCUUCAUCACAGGCUGGUAUACAAGCGCAUCCAUAAACCUCAUCAUAUUUGGAAGAUUCCUACUCCAUUUGCAAGUCAUGCUUUUCACCCUGUGGACGGCUUCAUGCAAGGUCUCCCUUACCACAUAUACCCUUUUAUUUUCCCAUUACAUAAGGUGGUUUAUUUAGCUUUGUAUGUCUUGGUGAAUAUCUGGACAAUUUCCAUUCAUGAUGGUGAUUUCCGUGUCCCCCAGAUCUUAAUGCCAUUUAUUAACGGCUCAGCUCAUCACACAGACCACCACAUAUUCUUUGACUGCAACUAUGGACAGUAUUUCACCCUGUGGGAUAGAAUUGGAGGCUCAUUCAAAACUCCUUCCUCCUUUGAGGGAAAGGGACCCCUUAGUUAUGUGAAGAAGGUGAUGGAAGAGAAGGGCAACAGCCACGCAGACAAGGAUUGUAAAAAUGAAAAAUUACUCAAUGGAGAAUUUAUGAAGACUGAGUAGAUUAUUGCCCAAUUCUUCUUAAAUGUUUUUAAUAAGGAAAAACACUCUGUGUACAGCCAAGAUACAUAGCAUUGAUAUCAUUUGAAAAUCAGCCUUUUGAGUACUGCUGAGGAAUGAUUGUUAAUGUAAUAAGAAGAUGAAGUGAAUACCAACAUUUUAAUCGUGUGCUUAAAACACCAGAUAUUUAUCCCAGGGACAACUUGUGUUUUCUAGCCAGCAUAUCUGUUUGUACAACCUCAACAGCAAUUUUAAAUAAAAUAGAGAACAAGUUAUUAAGGAUACUGGGAUUUAUCCUUUUGCCUUAAUCCAUCCACAUUCAUUAGGAAAAAUUUAUUGUGCUGAAUAACACCAAGACUAAGAACCAUAACCAAGAAAUGCUAAUAUAAGAUCGUUCCUUGUUUCUGGAAUGGUUAAUUCUUCAGUAUUGGCAGGAUGAUGACUGUUCAUAGUGCUUUGGAAGUGGAAACAUCAGUGUGAAAACAACUUGGAUGUAUUAGCCAUGUAAAUGACCUAAUGGAUAGCAGGUGUCUGAAGACUCUGAUCUACACUUAGGAGGCUCAUUCUUGAGAUAUUAUCAAAUACUACAUUUUACUGAUGAAUAAGUAAAUUAGAAUUGGAAAAAUAUCAAUACUACCAUGAGUUAGUACACAUCUGGGUUUAUGUAACUGAAGGUUUUGAUGGUUAUUGUUUGAAACCAUGAUUUAAUAAUUAUAAGAAUAUGUGAUCCUGCGUAUAUUUAGGAAGAGAAAUUUGAGGCCCAGGUAAUAUAUUUGGUACUUCUGAUUUUUUAAUUAAUGCACUGCACUUUUGAUGUAUCAAAGUUACAAGCCUGUAAUGUUUUUAUAACAGGAAAUAAUUGUCAAAUAUUUGGACUGCUCACUGAAGAUUUGUUUUGAAAUCUUGUUCUCCUUCCCUUUUCCCCACUUCCUCUGCAUAAAGAUUUAACAAAUACUUCCCUGAAGAAAUUCGUGUUAUAAAUAUAUUGGGGAAAUGUGGUUUGUAAAGGCAUUCUAUAAGCUAUUUAUGUAAAAUAAAAUUUGAUCAUUACUGUUAUUAAACUAUACCAGUUCAAUACUGUAAUAGCACAAAGUAUUCUCUGCACAGAUUUUUUUUUUUUUUUGCCAAAUUGCACCCACAGAAAUGAUGUGACUGUUAUGUUUUAGAACAUCACCAGAUAACCAAUGUCAAGGAGAGGAAGAAGCAGAGUAUCACGUUCUUUUUAUAUUUUACAUUUUUAUUAGAUUUGACUGUUUUAGCAAGAAACCCGUCAUCAAACUUAAUGCCCAAGAUCUAGAAGAAAAUGUAUUUUCUCUUUGAGUUAUUGUUACAUAGUGUCUUACUUAACUGUACCUGUUAGUAUUUUCUAACAGAUAAAUUCAGUUGAGUGCUUUCCACUAAUUCCCCCCUGCCUAGUACUCUAUUUUGCCCAUGAAAAACAGGAAGAUUAAGGAGAAGUAAACUUUGUUUCCUAAUAAUAACUGCUAAUAUUUACUGAGUGUUUCUUCUUUGCCAGGAAAGUAGGCAAACUUUAACAUGAAAAAAACUAAGACCCAGAGAGGUUAACUAUUCCAAGGUUUGUUUCUCUCUCCUGUGAAGUCCACUGUGGACACUUGUGGUCAGGGGGCAGCUGUCCGUGUUGUUGUUCUGUGACCCGUCGUGGGGUUCUGCCUUUCAGUCCUCGAGCCCUCUUUGUUGGAGGAACACAUAGCGAAAGAAGGAAAAGAUGGUGCAUGGAUCAUUGUUGCGGUUCAGGCCUGGAAGUGGUACAUUAUACCUCCUGUCCACAGUCCAGGUAAAACUCAGUCAUCUGGCCUACCUAAUGGGGAGAUUCUGGGAAGUGUGUUUAGCUGUGUGUCUGGGAGUAGAGGACACAUUCUCUUGAACAGCAAGCCACUUGGCCACUUGGCCACAUCCAUGUAGUUUAUUCCCCUCUUCUGGAGGACAAUGAAGGAAAUAAAGAUGUUGUGAUGGUGAA